AUGUGUACACUUGAUGAAGAACAUUAUAAAUUUGUCCGCUAUGAAGGUAAAAGAAUAAAGCAGGAGAUAGGGAAAGAUCAGCAAGGUAAUCCAAUAUUUAAAGGAGGACUUAAGAUGCUAUUUGUGGCGGAGAACAACAACGGUGAUAUAUGUGCUCCUGAUUGCAAUAUAGAUACUGUCACAGUGGUGAACAAAACAGGAAGACUCCGAUACCGGUACAAAGGACAAGAAACAAUGAAGGAAACAUUUAGACCAGCCAACAUAGUAACAGACUCAGCGAGUCGUAUUCUGGUGAAAGAUACCGGAAAUAAAUGCCUCCAUAUCCUUGAUCAGGACGAUUGGUUUCUGCGUAUUCUAGACUUUUAUGGAGCACCGAGUGUGGACUCACUUAGUAGACUGUGGGUGGGGGAGUUUAAGACUGGCACUGUAAAGAUCAUCAGAUUUGCAGAAAACUUGUAA